UGACGUCACGUCGAUAAGACUGGAGCUCCGGUGCGAGAGCGGGACCUUCGGUUUGAGCUGUAUCGCUCAGAUUUAAGAACGAAGCAAGCUACCCGGGCUGCGAAGCUAACGCUAAUAUUUGAAAGCUAGGUAUUUGAAAACGAAAACAAUACAACUUCAAGACAGUGCCCAGUUUCUUUAAGGAUGGAGAGCAAAUACAACCUUAAGAGUCCAGCGGUGAAGAGGCUGAUGAAGGAGGCUGCUGAACUGAGGGAUCCCACAGAGCACUAUCAUGCCCAACCACUAGAAGACAAUCUCUUUGAGUGGCACUUUUCUGUUCGGGGUCCUCCAGACUCUGAUUUUGAUGGUGGGGUUUACCACGGCAGGAUCAUACUUCCCCCAGAAUACCCCAUGAAACCCCCCAGCAUCAUCCUACUCACACCAAAUGGGAGAUUUGAAGUUGGGAAGAAGAUUUGUCUGAGCAUCUCUGGCCACCAUCCCGAGACCUGGCAGCCCUCUUGGAGUAUUCGCACUGCCCUCAUAGCUAUAAUUGGAUUCAUGCCAACAAAAGGAGAGGGUGCCAUUGGAUCUCUCGAUUAUACUCCUGAAGAGAGGAGAGCCCUUGCCAAAAAGUCCCAGGACUUCUGCUGUGAGACCUGUGGCUGUACCAUGCGCUCUGCCCUCCUGGAUCUAACCCCCAAUAGCAACCCUGGUGCUGAAGACCAUACGGCUAAAGAACUGGCUCAGCAAAUCAACUUUAAGGCAGAGUCCAGUUUAUCCAGAGAAUCUAGUGAGAAUGAAGGAGGAGAAAGUGAACCUUCAACCCACACCCAGGGACCCUCCUCUGCAAGCCAAGAAGCUGAAAAAGACCAGGCCGAACAGGUAGAGGCUUCUCAGUCCACAAGAGCAGAAGCACUUCAGACACCUACAACCUCCACAAGUUCCGAUCGUCCUCUCAGCCCCAGGCAGCGUCGCGCCCAACAGACCCAAAGAGAGUCAGCAGCCAGCAGAGCAGUUUUCACACCAGUUCAUCAGCCUCAGGAUGAAAGCCACACAGGCUCUGCAGUUCUCAUUGUGGUGCUCACUCUGGCUUUGGCUGCACUCAUCUUCCGCAGGAUCUACCUUGCACAUGAGUACAAGUUUGACUAUGAUUUGUGACCUUCCUCCUGAGUCAACCGCUCGUGCUACCAACUCCACAGAACUUUAGAUAGCUAAAGCAGAACCAGAGGUGAGGCAGUGGCUAACAGUGACUACAGCUGUCCUCCCUGCCUGUCCACAGAGGGUUCAGCCUCCACUUAGGGGGAACUUUCAUUCCUCUAAUCGCUAGAACACCUCCAGGGUGUCUUUAAUUUAAUGUGAAUUUUACUUUCCAGAGGAUCUUGCAUUUUUGUGAAUGGGAAGCUUCAUUGUUUGUGACCUGUUAAACCACACACACACAACAUGUCCCCUUCCAUAGAAAUUGUCUAUCUUACAGCUGCUGACUGUUUUCAGUAUUGAAAUAACAGAGUAACGUAAAAUGACAACAACAUAGGAUCAGGGGCAGUUGUUGUCUCAUACUAAUUAUUUGAUCAAGAAAGCAUCUGCGCAAAUUACACGUGCGACUAUGACUUCAUCAUGUGUUUUAUCUUCCUGCAAGGUCAGCUUGGUCACAGUGCACAGGGCUCUGUUUUAAUGGUUUAAGGCUAACAGCAAGCACAAAGUUAAUGUGGACAAUUGUUUUAAUUGCACGGGGGCAUUCAGACCAAUCUGAAUAGCAGAAGCUGCAGCUGCAUCACCGUGUGUCCUGCUACUUUUAGGUGACUGUGGGGAUUUAAUAGACUGAUGUGGAAGCUUUCCAUACACUGUAAAACAUCAGUAGUUCAAACAAGGACCAAGACAAAUAUUAAAAAACUAAAUUUAAUAAAUUAAUCUAAAUACAGUACAACAGAGCUUUAUGUUAAAAAGAGUGGACUAUAACGCAGUCUAUUCCUUUAUAGGUAUAGUGUCUUUUACUGAUACCUGUACCGAUAUCCUGUGCUAUAAUCACUGUCAUUUUUGUCUGUGUAUUUAUUUGAAAAGAAUACAAAAAGAGUAUUUAAAAUGUUUAAACUGAGAUUUUUUUUCUUGAUUUCCCCCAAAUACAAUAAAUUUAUACUCAUCUUAUACAAAGUUGUCUGUGAAGAUCCAAUUAAUACUGAAUUAUCAGUGCAUCUAAAGAUUUUGUUAGCAAUUUGUGCUACUGAUAAGAUGAUAACCCUUAGCUAAGGCAUUGCAUAUUCCAGCAAGAAAAUACUAAACAAAACAACCAAAUAGUAAAUAUUAGAAAGGAUAUCUGCAGUAAAAGUUCAGGUAUAUAACUAAAGGCUAAAGACAGAGGAACUUGUGCUUGUAUUGCACACUAGUGCACAGGAUUUUGGUAACAUGCACCAGAAUUGGUGAAGGCACGUGUAGAAAUUAGAAACACUUGCUUUCGGUAAGUAUUUUAAGUCAAUCGCAGUAUUAAUUAUUCAGCACAACAAUGGUAAACCACAUUCUUCACAAGUUGUCAUAGCACUAUAGCUCCAUAGUAAAAGCCUAGAGUGUUAUGUUUCUUCACUGUCAUCAUUGGAUGUUGUCUUUGUACUAUUUUCAUUUAAAUAUAGGGUUUAAAUUAAUUGUUACUUUUUUGGAAAUGGGGUUAAAAAUUGAUGAAUUCUUUCAAAGUGAGGUUUAGGAUUAUGCUUUCUUUUCCUCUAUACUUUAACCCUUUAAAGCCUAAAAGAAUUGUCCGAAAAUUUGUUGAACAAUCUGGGAAAUAUGAUAUACUAGAUGUUAAGGGGUCAAAGGUCUUUUAGUGGCUGAAGUGUCUAAUGUCUUGUACACAGAAACAUUUAAGACACAUUUCCAUCAGAACACUACCUGCUUUGUGCUGAAGCAUUUGUUAUAUGUUGUGCUGCCACCAAAAUAGAGCCUGCAGUGUAAAGCUUCCUAGCAAUCCUGUGUGACUGAUCCAGUAUCAGCUAAAUGCAUGUUUACUGAAGAACAUGAUCAGGGCAGACAGCUUUGAAAUCUUAUUACCAUAGCAAUGUUUAUUGGUGAUGUCAUUUUAAGGAUUACUUGCUCAAACAAGACAGUGUCUUCAGAAACGUCUGCCAAACGUGCAACCAAGUGCUUACUUCCAACACAAGUAUGACUGCCUCUUCACCUAUCACACCAACAUCACACUUUGUUUCCAACACAAACUCACUUUUCUGUGGAUUUGUAAUUCCAUUUGUUUCAGUAUCUUUCCUCCUUCGGUACUUCUGUCACCCCAGCUGUUUCAUGGUGUUCAUAGCACAUGUCUUUGCAUUCAUUUUUUGUUUGCCUUGCAUUCUCUGAAGUUAUUUUUCCCAGUUUUUUUAAUAGACUCAGAAACUGUCUCAAGCAUUUAGUAUUUACCCUUUUUGAUUCAACUUAGAUUUAGAAUUUUAUCAAUCUCAUGAGACUCAGAGGAACAUGGAAGCAAUUUAAAUGUAUUCUUUGCACAUCGAAGGUGACAGCUUUCUGAUACGUAGAAGGUCUUGGCUGCAUACAGAUAGGUCAAAGGAAGUUGCAACAGUCUACAGGAACAAAUUUGCCUCUGUAGUCUUUUUCUUCUUCAAGCAGCAUCGGAUACCUGCACAUGUCCAGGUAUUACAUGUAGACAGUAAAGUUGUUGUUUUUUUUUUAAUCAGUAUGCAUUUUGUCAGAAUUUCUUUAUGACAGUCUCUUCUGUCUUUAUUCCCAUAGCUGGUGUACUUGGAUAUAAACAGAAAAUAAAUCAAUUUCAGAUGAAGGAA